CGGCCCCGGCCCCCGGGACGGAGAGCCGAGCAGCCCCGGCUCCGGGCUACGGACUAUGGGCGAGCAGCGUUGAGCACCGGGGGAAGAGCUGAGAAUGAAGCGGAGAGCAUCAGACAGAGGAGCUGGGGAAACGUCGGCCCGGGCGAAGGCUCUAGGAAGUGGGAUUUCCGGAAACAAUGCAAAGAGAGCGGGACCAUUCAUCCUAGGUCCCCGUCUGGGCAACUCACCGGUGCCCAGCAUUGUGCAGUGUUUGGCGAGGAAAGACGGCACAGAUGACUUCUAUCAGCUGAAGAUCCUUACCCUUGAGGAGAGGGGGGACCAAGGAAUCGAAAGCCAAGAGGAAAGGCAAGGCAAGAUGCUGCUGCACACCGAGUACUCUCUGCUGUCCCUCCUCCACACGCAGGACGGCGUGGUUCACCACCAUGGGCUCUUCCAGGACCGCACCUGUGAAAUUGUUGAGGACACAGAAUCCAGCCGAAUGGUGAAGAAGAUGAAAAAGCGAAUCUGCCUUGUCCUAGACUGCCUGUGUGCGCACGACUUCAGCGACAAGACCGCCGACCUGAUCAACCUGCAGCACUACGUCAUCAAGGAGAAGAGGCUCAGCGAGCGGGAGACCGUGGUCAUCUUUUACGACGUGGUGCGAGUGGUGGAAGCCCUGCACCAGAAAAAUAUAGUGCACAGAGACCUGAAGCUUGGGAACAUGGUGCUCAACAAGAGGACGCAUCGGAUAACCAUCACCAACUUCUGCCUCGGGAAGCAUCUUGUGAGCGAGGGGGACCUGCUGAAGGACCAGAGGGGGAGCCCUGCCUACAUCAGUCCAGAUGUGCUCAGCGGCCGGCCAUACCGGGGCAAGCCGAGCGACAUGUGGGCCCUGGGGGUGGUGCUGUUCACCAUGCUGUACGGCCAGUUCCCCUUCUACGACAGCAUCCCGCAGGAGCUCUUCCGCAAGAUCAAGGCCGCCGAGUACACCAUCCCUGAGGACGGGCGGGUUUCCGAGAACACCGUGUGUCUCAUCCGGAAACUGUUAGUCCUCGACCCCCAGCAGCGCCUGGCUGCCACCGACGUCCUGGAGGCCCUCAGUGCCAUCAUUGCAUCGUGGCAGUCCCUGUCAUCCCUGAGUGGCCCUUUGCAAGUGGUUCCCGACAUCGACGACCAAAUGAGCGGUGCAGACAGCUCCCAGGAGGCCAAGGUGACGGAGGAGUGCUCCCAGUACGAGUUUGAGAACUACAUGCGGCAGCAGCUACUGCUGGCCGAGGAGAAGAGCUCCAUACACGAGGCCCGGAGCUGGGUGCCCAAGCGGCAGUUUGGCAGCGUGCCGCCGGUGCGGCGGCUUGGCCGCGACGCGCAGCCCAUGAACCCCUUGGACGCAGCCAUCCUGGCACAGCGCUACCUGCGGAAGUAGCCUCGGCGGGGCCACCCCACCUCUUCCAGCCCCCUGCCAGUGUGCUGGCUGUCGGGCCUGUAGUGCUGAACUCUCCCCCAGGCUGCGACAGGGACAGGCAGGCCAGCCCAGGCCAGGCGUGGGGUCAGCAGAGGUACCACGAAGCUACCUUUUGGAAUGAUUGCUUGAUUGUUUGGUUUUUAAUCUGAGAAUCCUAGAUAACUAAUCUGCUUUUAAUCAUGACGUUUUAAUCUACCUCUGUCUCUUUAACCAUGCUGUCUCUGGACUGAGUGAGGAGGAGGAGGAGGGA